GUGUCGGUGGCGGUUGCAGCUCGGAGCCGUUGAGACGCCUCUGCGGCAGCUGGUGGCGCAGGUGGCCGGCGUGGACGUGGGCACAGGCGGCCAGCGAGCCCCGCAGCCCCAGCGUUGCCGCCCGGCAGGCUCGUCGGGACACCCCGAGGCAUCCUCCCCCGCCCGCGGGCCCGCCAGUCCCAGCUCGUGUCCGCGCUCGCAUCUCCCGACCGCGGCUGCGCUGCUCCCCCUUCUGGUCUUGGGACUCCCGGCGUCGCCCCUCCAACAUGACUCGCGAUUUCAAACCUGGAGACCUCAUCUUCGCCAAGAUGAAAGGUUAUCCUCAUUGGCCAGCUCGAGUAGAUGAAGUUCCUGAUGGAGCUGUGAAACCACCCACAAACAAACUACCAAUUUUCUUUUUUGGAACCCAUGAAACUGCUUUUUUAGGACCAAAGGACAUAUUUCCUUACUCCGAAAAUAAGGAAAAGUAUGGCAAACCAAAUAAGCGAAAAGGUUUUAAUGAAGGAUUAUGGGAGAUAGAUAACAAUCCAAAAGUGAAAUUUUCAAGCCAACAGGCACCAACUAAACAAUCAAAUGCAUCAUCUGAUGUUGAAGUCGAGGAGAAAGAAACUAGUGUUUCUAAGGAAGAUACUGAUCAUGAAGAAAAAGCCAGCAAUGAAGAUGUGUCUAAAGCAGUUGACAUAACCACUCCAAAAGCUGCCAGGCGAGGAAGAAAGAGAAAGGCCGAAAAACCAGUGGAAACUGAAGAAGCAGGAAUGGUGGCUGCAGCAACAGCUUCUGCUAACUUGAAAGCAAGUCCUAAGAGAGGACGACCUGCAGCUACUGAAGUCAAGAUUCCAAAACCAAGAGGCAGACCUAAAGUGGUAAAACAGCCCUGUCCUUCGGAGAGUGACAUGGUUAUUGAUGAAGACAAAAGUAAAAAAAAGGGACCAGAGGAAAAACAACCUAAAAAGCAGCUUAAAAAGGAAGAAGAAGGUCAAAAGGAAGAGGACAAGCCAAGAAAAGAACCAGAUAAGAAGGAGGGCAAGAAAGAAGUUGAAUCUAAACGGAAAAAUGUAGCAAAACCAGGGGUUACAUCAACCUCUGAUUCAGAAGACGAAGAUGAUCAAGAAGGUGAAAAGAAGAGAAAGGGUGGAAGAAACUUCCAGACCGCUCACAGGAGGAAUAUGCUGAAAGGCCAACAUGAGAAGGAAACCACAGAGCGGAAGCGCAAGCAGGAGGAACAAAUGGAAACUGAGCAGCAGAAUAAAGAUGAAGGAAAGAAGCCAGAAGUUAAGAAAGUGGAGAAGAAGCGAGAAACAUCAAUGGAUUCUCGACUUCAAAGGAUACAUGCUGAAAUUAAAAAUUCACUCAAAAUUGAUAAUCUAGAUGUGAACAGAUGCAUUGAGGCACUGGAUGAACUUGCUUCACUUCAGGUAACAAUGCAACAAGCUCAGAAACACACAGAGAUGAUCACAACAUUGAAAAAAAUACGGCGGUUCAAAGUUAGUCAAGUUAUCAUGGAAAAGUCUACAAUGUUAUAUAACAAGUUUAAGAAUAUGUUUUUGGUUGGUGAAGGAGAUUCAGUCAUCACCCAAGUGCUGAACAAAUCUCUUGCUGAACAAAGACAGCAUGAGGAAGCAAAUAAAACCAAAGAUCAAGGGAAGAAAGGGCCAAACAAAAAGCUAGAAAAGGAACAAACAGGUUCAAAGACCCUAAAUGGAGGAUCUGAAGCUCAAGACAGUAGUCAUCCACAACAUAAUGGUGACAGUAACGAAGAAAGCAAAGAUAGCCAUGAGGCUGGCAGUAAGAAAAAAUCACCCGGAGAAGAGAGAGAGGCUGAACUAUCUCUGAAGGAGUCACCACUAAAUAACUAGAUUGGCAGACAUGGGGUGUAAUGAGUAUGUGAAGUCUAUUGUGAGUGGCUUCAUCUGAAAUACUUAGGCUGCUGACUGAAAGGGUUAAAUUUUUUAUAAGUAUAGGUUUGAUGUUUAAGUAGUUUGGGGAAAGAAAAAUCCCUUUAUGUUUGUGUAAAAGUAAAACUUAUUGCUAAUUUUCCGUGUGCAGUAUUAACAGCUCCAUCAACCAGUUCCAGUGUGAGUGAAACCUACUUAGAAAGGUUGACCUGCUUUAUAGACGUGACUAGUGUAUUUCGGUUAGUGUGUGUGUGUGCAGAUGUAAUUGGUAGUAGGCCAGUUACAUUUUAAAACCUCUACUUGUAUAAAUCGUUCUUCUCCCAAAUAACGUGGGUUUGUGCAUAGUUUUUACAAAUCUUGGAUUUACCAGACUGUCUUUUCACUGUUUGUGGGUUUUUUAGAAGUUGAGCAUUUUUAUGGUUGAUAAAAUGAAUGUUACUUCUAAGUACUCACUCCUUUUUAUCAGAAGUUAAUGUAACCUCAGUCUAUUGUGCUGCAUUAGCUUGCCUCUUCCUAAUAAUGUGUAGUCUGUGUGACACCCACGUGUCCAACUAGAAGGUACAAAUUUGAUGACUUUUGAAAGUAAUUUAGUUUCAGGGCUGUGAAUUCAGUGGAGUCAGAAUUAAAAAGAACAGAUUGGGUAUAUAGAGAAACUUCAUAUACAAUCCUUUAUAGUUACUAAUCACAAAAACCUAAAACUAGUUUGUUUUUAAUCUCACACAUUAAGAAGGUCAUGCUCAUUGAGGUAUGUGUGUGUUUUUAAAUUGUAAUCAGUCCAUGAUGCUCAUUAAGUGGUAAAUAAAUAAGAAAACUAAUGGGAUUUGUAUUUAGUUUCUGUAUCAUCAGGCAUCACAAGAUUACAAAAAUAAAAGGUAGAAACAACAGUUGCUCCAAGACAGUAAGGUGAUAAUCUAUACACACAAAGAGACCAUCAGAGUCUGUUAAGGAAUAACAUUUCAAAGGUCGUCAUCAUUGGUUUCCAAAUGGAAGAAAGAUUCAUCACUAUGUUUUGAAAUUUUAACGGGAAAGUGACUUAAUAGCAGUGUUUUGUGUGUUAUGUUUAUAUAUGGCCUUGACGUCUCAUAAUUAUUUUCACUUAUGUAAAGGACUUUGAAUUAUUCAGUAAUUGAACUUUUGCUCUUAUUGAACUACUGUUUGGGGCAAAUGCUGUACAUUAUCUACACCACUCUUCUGUUUUGUCCUUAGUACAUUUUUAGCUUGAAUGAAAAUUAUUCUAGUUA